AUGGCGCCGUCUGAUAACUUUGAAAAUCAACCGGCCCAAUCUAAUGGCGUAGAUGCCAUGGAAUCUAACUACGAUGAGGUUGUUGAUUCCUUCGAGGCCCUCAAGUUGAACGAAGACCUCCUCCGUGGAAUUUACUCCUACGGUUUCGAGAGACCCUCCGCGAUCCAGCAACGUGGUAUCAAACCCAUCAUUGAGAACCAUGAUACCAUCGGACAAGCCCAGUCUGGAACCGGUAAAACCGCCACCUUCAGUAUCGCUGCGCUGCAGCUGAUCGACUACAAUCUUCUGUCCUGUCAGAUUCUCAUUCUUGCCCCUACCAGGGAAUUGGCCCAGCAGAUCCAGAAGGUCGUGCUCGCCCUUGGUGACUACCUCAAGGUCCAGUGCCACGCGUGUGUCGGUGGUACCAUUGUGAGGGACGAUGUUAUGAAGUUGAAGGCUGGUGUGCACAUGGUCGUGGGUACUCCCGGACGUGUGUACGACAUGAUUGACAAGAAGGCCCUUCUGACGCACAAGAUCAAGCUGUUCAUCCUCGAUGAAGCCGACGAGAUGCUUUCUCGUGGAUUCAAGGGACAGAUUCACGAGGUCUUCAGGAGAAUGCCUCCGGAUGUCCAGGUCGCGCUUUUCAGUGCCACCAUGCCCAACGAAAUCCUGGAGCUGACGACCAAGUUCAUGAGGUCGCCGAAACGUAUCCUCGUCAAGAAGGACGAGCUUACCUUGGAGGGUAUCAAGCAAUUCUACGUCAUGAUCGACAAGGAAGAGUACAAGUUUGACACGCUCUGCGAUCUCUACGAGUCCGUCACCAUCACCCAGGCCAUCAUCUACUGCAACACACGAAGAAAGGUAGAUAUGCUCACCAGCAAGAUGCAGGAGAGGGACUUCACCGUCUCCAGCAUGCACGGCGACAUGGGACAGAACGAGCGUGACCUCAUCAUGAGGGAGUUCAGAUCGGGAUCCACCCGUGUCCUCAUCACCACCGACCUGCUUGCCCGUGGUAUCGAUGUGCAGCAAGUGUCCCUUGUCAUCAACUACGACUUGCCGAUGUCACCGGACAACUACAUCCACAGGAUUGGACGUUCUGGAAGGUUCGGUCGUAAGGGUGUAGCCAUCAACUUCCUUACUCCCAUGGACAUGGAAGCCAUGAAGAACAUUGAGAACUACUACAACACACAGAUCGAAGAAAUGCCCGCGGAGAUUGGGGAAUACAUGUAA